AGGAAGCAUAGAGGUACAAAGGUGGGAGCUCUUGCAGUGCAACAUUCCUUGGAUAGUAAUGUAGAGUUACAUGCAUCGGAUCUGGAUCUGGCUAAUGCUAGAGAAGGACAUGCAGCCGUUUGUGAUGAAGUUGAGAGUAUGAGCACUAACUCUUUUCUGUUUUAUUUCCAUUAUGUUAUAGGUAUUUAAAAAUUUUCAUCAAAUUAUGAAUCAAUCAUUGAGAGCUAAUUUGGUGCUUCAAUAAAACUUUUUGUGAACAGUAAUGAGAUCUUAAAGAGGUAAUUUUGUGUGAUGUGUAGUUUAGUAUAUCUAGAGGCCUUCACUCGGGCAAGUUGUAAUUGUUAAACAGUGUUGUUCUAUCCCGUUCAAAAUCUGGACGGUCAAAAUCUGGAGGAUUUUAUAUAAUACAUGUAAUCUUUUGAAUCGCAUUAUAAUCCUUUUAAACUGUGCUAAGUCAAUUUCUUCAGAGUUCUUCUUUCUUUCGAGUCUCCUUAAAAUGACACUAGGCAUUAGCAAAAGUGAGACUAUAGCUGUGAAUAUUGAAUGUUCUCAACUUGGUCAUUGUUAUCCCUUCGGUUAUUUUGUUGCAUUGCUUCUACAAUACGUCGAAGCGUUAUUUUCUUUACUUUUUUAUUGCUAUUUCCUUACCUUUAUUAUGUGGUGUACAUCCUAAAUCAGCGAACCGACACUUAAGUCUUGGGAGAAGUGAGUUCUUCGAUGCCUUCUCCAGUGUUCCACACAAGGAUGAGCAAUGCCCUAUAAAUCCUCGUUUUCACUUUGCAAUUGCUCGUCCUCUGCAUAAUUAUGAAGGGUUUUGCACCCCCUCGAGCCACUGAUCUUGGAUGGUCGCAUGGAAAAAUGGUGGAUGGGGAUCGACAAAAAAUACAAUGUAAAUAUUGCCAUAAGAUAAUCUUAGGAGGUGGAAUAUCCCGUCUUAAACAACAUUUAGCUGGCGAAAGAGGCAAUAUAGCUCCAUGUGACAGUGUUCCUGCUGAUGUAAAAGCACAAAUCCAGCAACAUCUUGGGUUGAAGGUUUUGGCAAGAUUAAAGAAACAGAAGGAUCCAGAAGGAUCUAGAAGUUCUUUUCAACACAGUGGAAAGAGAUGUAAUGACGACUUUCCUAGUUCAACUUCCAUAGGAGAUGCUUCUGUUAAAAGAAGAGGAGAAAAAGGAAAACACGAGGGGUAUUUUCACAAGAGUAAGAGAACAAAGAAAUAUCUUCCACACUCUACAAUAAAACAGAAAUUGACUUCUCAAGAAAUCAUAGACCAAGCAGAUCUUGCAGUUGCUAAAUUCUUCUACGAUGCGGGCAUACCAUUCAAUGCAGCAAAUUCAUUUUAUUUUCAGAGAAUGGCUGAUGCAAUCACUGCAGCUGGUCCGGGAUACAAAAUGCCUUCUUUUCAUUCAUUACGAGGCAAGUUAUUAAAUAAAUGUGUUCAUGAUGCAGCAGAAAUCUGCCAAGAGCUUCAAAAAUCAUGGGAAGUAACAGGCUGUACUGUUAUGGUUGAUAGGUGGAAAGAUACUACUGGUCGCGUUAUGCUUAAUUUCUUUGUUUAUUGUCCGAAGGAAACCAUGUUUCUUAAGUCAGUAGAUGCAUCUGAGUUAGAAAAUUCUUUUGAAGGGCUGGUUAAUUUGUUUGAUACUAUUGUUCAGGAUGUUGGCCCACAAAAUAUUGUGAAUUUUCUGACUGAGAGCUUACCUUACUAUAAUACUGCAGGAAAAGUAUUAAUGGAUAAGUACAAGACCUUCUUUUCAAGUGUUUGUGCUAACCACUGCAUUGAGUUGAUGUUGAAGGGUUUGGGCGAAAUGGAUGAAGUGAAAUGCGUGAUGGAAAAGGCAAAAACAGUAUGCCGAUUCAUAUAUAAUAAUGAAUGGGUCCAUAAUUUAUUGAAGAAGAAAACUGAAGGGAUGGAUGUUAUUCAGCCAGCUUUGACGGAGUUUGUUAUGAGCUUUUGUACGUUACAGAACAUUAUCUUCUUCAAAGACUCCCUUCACCAGAUGUUCACUAGUAAUGCUUGGGAGCAGUCAUCCUUCUCUAGGCAAUAUGUUGGUAAUGAAGUAACAAAGAUUCUCUUAGAUCCACAAUUUUGGAUAUCAUUGAUGAACAUUGCGAAGGUAUCAAAACCGCUUACCGAUGUACUACGGGUCUUGGAGAGCGAAGAUAGGCCUUCUAUGGGUUAUUUAUAUGGUGCACUGGAGAAGGCAAAGAAAGAAAUAAUUUUAGCUUUUGGCAACAAUGAAACUGAAUUUAUGCCAUAUUUGGAAGUCAUUGAGAAAGUACAAGAUGAGCUUCAUUGUCCCCUUCAUGCUGCUGCUUAUUACCUUAACCCUUCUAUGUAUUAUAGUUCCAACUUUUCCAUCAAUAAUGUGAUUCAGAAGAGUUUGCUUGAUUGCAUUGAAACCCUUGAACACAAUUUAGCAGCCCAAGAUAACAUUACAAGACAUAAAGGUUUUUACGAGGAUGCUUUGGGAGAUUUCAGUCGCCCUGUGGCAAUAAGGGGUAGAGAAUCACUGCCCCCAGCUACAUGGUGGUCACUGUAUGCAUCAGACUACACCGACCUUCGGCGCUUUGCUGUCAGGAUAUUAAGUCAGGCAUGCAGCAUAACGACGUCUCGAAAGACGUGGACUAUGAAUGAAUCCAGAAAUUCUACUCAAAACAGAUUGGAACAUGAAAGGAUAAACGAUCUUAGUUUCGUCCACUAUAACCUGCAUCUUCAACGAAGGCAAAUGGUGGCAUUUGGAAACAAGGCCCUUAUUGCAGGAAAUUAUGAUCCAUUAUGCUUGGAGGGGAUGAAUAACAAUGCAAAAGACUGGAUAAAGGACCCUGAGGGACUUGAUGGGUUCUAUGUCGGUUCACUAAAGUGUACUCAAAUUAGCAGUCAGAUUCCUACCGGGGAUAAGUUCAGUAAUUCAGGUGAUGAUAAUACUGGUUGUGGUGCUAGAGAAACUGAUGAAAAUAAUGAUAGUGACGACCAGUGAGGAUUCUUGAAAUUUUAAAACUAAUGAGGAAGCAUCAGAAACAUGGAAGAUAACAAAAAAUAGACCAGUUGGAGUUGGGCCAGUGAAUGGAUGGGCGAAUGUAUAUUACUUCAAUUGAGGAGUUGUGCUGUAUUGUUUUGUUGGUUGAGAUCACUGUGAAAGAGACUCUGUCGAACAUCUGAUUUUCUUGUUUUCAAUUCUGAUUAGCCCUGGUUGUUUUGAGAAGUGCUUUAUUCUUCGCCCUUCGCUACCUACUAUCUACAAAGCAUUCUGAUAUAUGAAGCACAAGCAGUAACUUAGACGAAUAUAUGACAGCUGUGGAUGGUGGAAUGGUUUCAUUUUCUAAUUUCCCACUUUUCAUCGGACCCAAAUUUCAAUUGUCUAGUGAUGCUCCGGGUACUCAUGGAAGUUGAACGUCUUGCUGUAACAGUAUAUGGUCAUCUUUCUCAGAAGAAUUGCUAUAUAGAAUUGAAGUGGCGUGAAGGCUGAUCAUAUGAUUAGUGUAAAUAAACACGAUAAACUUCAUCGUGAGUUGUGGAAAUUUUCCGUAUUCUGUACAUUGUACUGAUAUUAUGCGAGUGGCCUAAUGCUAUGCACAUGCAAGGGGAGUAGUUAUUGGGUCCAGUGUAGCACGUGUAGAUUCAAUUGUACAUAUCUUAUAUGUAAUUUUCAUAUGUAAUUUUCCUUUCUUAAGCAUCUAAAUGAUCUUUGUAUUUCUUAUUUGCCAAGGGUAAGUGCAAAUGCAGCAUGCUGCAUUUGCUUAAUAAUUUCCUGAAGGUAACGGCGGCAGUGACUGCAAAAGUUAGCCAAGUUAUAUUUCCUAUAUUUUGCUGAAUGUGAUCUGUUUGUGCGGUUGAAAAGGCUCAACAUGGAAUGCUUUGUUUUACGAA